AAGAGAAUGAAUCUUUCUGAACGAGGAUGGAAUUUAACUAGCGAUGCGCUAGAAUCGUGUUCAAAAAAUAUCAACGAACUUGCCAACAAAUCAACAAAUGAUCUCGAAAAAGCGGCUCUAGACCUUGAUUUGAGAGGAAACGGUUUACCGAUAUUGCCAGAUGAAGCCUCCAGAGGUCAAACAUUCAAAUUGAAAGGACCAGUUGUACUACAAGUACAGAAGGUUAAGAAUGUUGCAGCACCUAAGGCUGUUGCAGACUGCAGUCACUCACCAAGACUUCUGAGACUUCAGUUGACUGAUGGCCAUCUAACAUGCAGUGCUGUAGAACUUGUUCCUAUUCCACAACUCAGCUUGUCUUUGGCUCCUGGUACGAAAGUGAGACUGAAUUCGAAGGACAUUCAGAUUGUGAAGGGAUUCGUUAUGCUUCGACCGUCUGAUAUAUCUGUGUUAGGAGGUCGUGUUGAGAAGUUGGCAUCCAAGUGGGAGCUGACGCAAAGUCUAGCGAAACACACUAGACAGAACAUUGAGGAGGAAGAAGGCCCUCCUGCAUUUGUGCCAUUUGGAAAGAAAAUACCGGGAGACGACAAGGCUGUAUCGAGCAAGGGAAAACCAGGUAGGCAAGCUAAACCUUUUGAUGUGAACAAGUCAAAGCAAGAUGAAUGCUCUGCUCGACCACGGAUUGAUGCAAGCAGCUUGGCCAGUGAGGAUAGCAAACAAACACAGUUGCCCUCUAAAGAUGGGAAUGUUGCUCGUCUGAUUGAGAUGGGAUUUAGUUACGCUGAUUCAAUACGAGCACUUCAGAAGUCUAGAGGGGAUCCUGAGACUGCUAUUGACAUUUUGACUAUGGGUUCGUCAACAGUCACAAGAGAAUCGCUGCACUCUGAGAAAGGGUUUAGUCGAAAGCAGCAACAUGGUAAGCAAAGGAGACCGUUUUCAUCUCCUACCUUAGUUGAAUAUGACGUUAAAGAUGUAGAAGAAUUUGGUACCACAGACUACAGUAGAGGUGGACGAGGUAGUAGACCUAUUUCUGGAGGUGGUCGAAGUCGAGGUAGAAGAGGUGGCUCUCAAGCAAGAGGAGGACAUGCAUAUAGACACCCAAAACAAGAAAUCGCGGCAAGCAAUUCCACACAAUUGACAUAUAACGAUAGUUCUGAUUACUACUUUGGAACUCAUUCUGCUUCUGCAUUACAACCAGCAGAUCCAAAAUUUGUAGACAUCGGAUCAUUUCCUACCGCAUACUAUAACUCUCACAGGACAGGGAGGAUCGAUAGUCGAGGAAGUGAGAAACAAAGAAGAGGAAAAUGGCAGGAUUGCGAUCAUCCAAGUCAAGAUUUAGCAUCAGCUGUGGAAGGUUUGUCUCUGAACAAAGUACCGGCUUCACACAGCCUACAUUCUAGUUCUGAUAGAAGCAGUAAAGCAGGUAAAUUUCCUGGACAACCAAAACCGAGUGCGGCUCUAGCAGAGGCUAUUCAAAUGCACAGAAAGUCUUCAAAUUGA